AUGGUGGAGAUUGUCAAGAAACUAGAGUGGAGUUACGUCUCCAUCAUCUAUGAAGAGUCCAGUUAUGGGAUUAAGGCAUUCGAAGAAUUGGAAGCCUUACUUGCGAAGAGCAACAUCUGCAUAGCUGUAAAAGAAAAACUGGUGAAAGACUCAGGAGUGGCUCACGAAGGUGCUUACGACGAGAUCGUGUCCAAACUGCUCACCAAACCCAGGGCACGAGGUGCCAUUAUCUUCGGUUCAGACCAAGAAGUCGCAGGGGUGAUGAGAGCAGUGGAACGAGCCAACGCCACCCACUCCUUCAGCUGGGUGGGGUCUGAUGGGUGGAGUGCCAGAUCUCUGGUCUCUGAUGGAAAUGAACGAGCAGUGGAAGGCACCAUCAGCGUUCAACCCCAGGCCAAUGACGUCAAGGGGUUCAAAGAGUACUUCUUGAACUUAAAUGUGAAGAAUAAUAAGAGGAAUCCCUGGUUUGUAGGCCCGAGCGUACGGCGCGUAGCGUUCCGCGCGCGCCUCAAAGAGCCAUUAGACCACCACAGAUGGGGCCCUAAAGGGCUGAUGUUCAGCCGGGGUUGCGGGGUAAGCGCAAUGAGGCACCGCGACCUCGGCACAGAGCAGGAGAAGGAACAGGGGGAGUUUUGGGAGGACCACUUUCAAUGCCGUUACCCAGGCAGCCUGAAGACUCCGUACAACGGCCAGUACUCCAGGACCUGUUCCGGCAUGGAGAGGCUCACAGUCAACAACACGGAGUUCGAGAGACAGCUGCAGUUCGUCUCUGAUGCUGUCAUGGCAUUCGCUCACUCUAUACGGGCCCCGUCUGUGGUGUUCGAAUGGCUCUUUGAGGCGCGCGCGGAACGCUACGCGCCGUACGCUCGGGCCUGGUUCUGGUCGGGCGGCGAGCUGCCCUUACUCGCCGACCGCAGGCCCGUGUUUACGGUGGCCGGAGAUCGUCCCUCGAUCCCCGACGCCCGUAGUGUCGCCAGUUGCGGCUGCUGGGGCGUGAGGAGGAGGAUUGUUCCCUCACGCGGGCCGCCUCUCUCUUUGCGAGCAGACAUUCGCCGGGUGGCUGGCAGUGGUUGGAUGAGAAGAGCUGAACAUCGAGCUUAG